CUUACCAUAUCCAAUUUUUGAAAGUAUUGCCUAAAAAAUGUUAAAGGUCUUUCUGGUUUUGCAAUGCAUAGCUGGACAAUGCAGUCUUUUAAUAUUUGUUGUAUGUUAUGUCGUUGAACGUACAUUUCACAAUCAUUCACAUUUAAUUCAUCAUAUGAGUUUGAUGCCAUCUUAGAGUCGUUAAUUUUUUAUUACCACAAAAUUUACAAAAACAUUCAUUAAUUGAUCGAUUUACGCGGUCAGUAUACGGUUCCUACAUAGAAUUUACCAUUGAAUUAUUCUACAGUUAUUGUUAAAUAAAAAAAAAUUAAAACUACAUACAAAAAAUUUGUAUGUAUAUAAAUAUAAAAUUAUAUUUUAAAAACUUGUAUUAAUUUUACAAAAUUACAUUAGUAUGAGCUGAUUUUUCGAGUAACUGUAAAUAUUAUAUUGCAUUAUUAAAUAUUUGGAAAAAAAAAAAAAAAAGGGUAAUUUCUAUGAGAAUCUAAAACGAAUAUAAAAUAAUUUGUAUCUAAUCGACGUUUUUAAGGAUAGGGAUAUCAAGAAAUCACAUAACUAAAUGAUAACGAAAGUGAAUAAAUUUGAUAAAGCGAGAGUUGCGCCAUAGAGCCCGCGAUCUAAUACCACAAAUACUAUCAACGGAAACUGAUCAUGGUCGCGUUACCCACAUUAUCUACUACAGUGAGGUUAUGUGUAUAAUAUUUUUACUUCUUUGAACAAAACAACACAAUAAUAUAUAAACAUAAAACAUGUGAUAGUUUUGUCAGUUGUCGUCUUGUUGAGGGUUUCUCUGUGUUGUUAUUCGGUCCGCACGGGACAAUUUGUUUUUUUUUUCCGACCGGGUAAUUUGUUGUAUCUACACUGUCCGUUGUUUAAUACAAUUAUUAUAAAUACGUUUUUCGUUUUCGUUGCACAGUUUUUGCUCGUAAUUUUUGUUUUAUUUCGCAGAUGAAAUAUUAAAACGCUGUUGGUGCCGAUUGUUUAAACGACGAAUCGAUCGCUAGUUUGUCCAUUCUUGCGUACAUGUUGUUUAGCCUGCAGUAUUGUAAAAUACAGUUGUAAUACCUAUAUAUAUAUAUAUAUAUAUUGUAUUAUUCGUGUUCAUUUCGAAUUAACGAAUGUUUAAUAUAAUGUUGGUAACCCGAGAUGCGUUAGCAGCAUUGUAGAUCGGUCGUCGGUCUUGUGUUUGUCUUACACAGAGAACGAAACGGAACACACGAUGACCAGCUUCACCGAAAAAGGUUUGCACAAGCGGCUGCAGGAACUCAACUCUUCCCAGCAGAGUAUUCAGACGCUGUCGCUGUGGCUGAUCCAUCACCGGAAAUACGCUCAUACUGUUGUCAAGAUUUGGUCCAAAGAAUUAUUAGCAGGUAAUAAAAGUUGUAGUCUCGUAGAAAUCGCCCGUUACCCGUUAUUAAAUAUGUAUAGUUUGUUUGAAUUUGGAUAUAUCUAGUAAUAUUAUUAUCUUUUACUUGGGUAUUAUUUUAAAAAUUAUUAUUAAUUUUCAAAUUUCAAUAAUUAUAUUUAUUAUUAAUGCUUAUAAGAAUUAUAUUUUAUAGGUACUAAAUAUUGUAUGUUUUUUUUAUUAGUUGGAUUAACUAAUAAAAUAUAAAAUAAGGAAAUACGAUAUAGAUGGGUAGGUACUUGAUGUACUACAGUUUAUAAACAAACAUAGGAACCAAACAAAAUUUUUGAAGCUCUGGGAAUUAUCACUUAGACUUUAUUAUGACUGGUUUCGGCCGAAAGUCAUCAUCACAUUUCGUUUAAGUAGUUCUUUCUCCGUGUAAUAUUAACUUGGUAUUUUCUGAUAAUGGCCUAUUGCCAAAAUCAUUCACAAUGAAAUGUUAAUCUUAUAAUAAAUAAGAAAUGCUUAACAUUAUUAUUUUAAAGAAACCAUGCAAAAAAAAAACCACUUAGUAAAAAUAUCAUUGUGGAAAAAUGUCUCAGAUCACUACACAACAGUAGAUAGAUACAUGCCAUAGUAUAUUGUGUCGGCCAUGAUACACGACAGCUCUUAGAUACUGUUCCCGGUCACAAUAAAAAAUUUUGUUUGUACCUGAGUACAUAAGAAGUUAUUCUAAUUUCAUUUAAACAGUGGGAUCAUCACGCCUUGCCAACUAUAUUAUUACUAAUUAAUGGCCUAGUUCAUAGUUUUAUAAUUUUAAGUCAAAAUAUUCGGUAGGUAAUAAACAACUUAGGUAUUUUAAUUUUAAAUUAUUAUCAUGUAAAUAUCGAAAAUAUACUUUAUUUUACGGAAAAAUAAAAUAAAAUAGAAGUUUGUGAUAUAAUUACCUAUUUGAAAUAAAACUAGUAGGUAUUUGGACCUAUUAUUUAUUUAUUGGAUUAUUGGUAGAUUUACCCAAUACAGUUCAAUGUUUUAUAACUAAUAGCAAACUAAAAGUAGUAUUAUUUUUGAAGUAAUGAGUUUGACUAACAGGAAUUGAAAAGGAAUGAAAACUAAUAUAUUUAUAAAUAUUAUAAUGAUAGUUAAUUGUGAGAAUUAUUUCUGUUGUCGAGGAUUAAAUUUGAGGGUUUAUAAAUAAAGCACUUCCGACAAAUUAAAACCUAAAAUAAGGUCUUGAGACCGAAUGGCAAGGGUUCCAUAAUUAGGUGUAAGUCUUUAAAGAUCACUAAAAACUCUUAACCGUGUUAUAAAUAUAAAGCAUAGCGGGCCACUGUUUUUAGGAUUGCCAGAUUUUGAAAUCCCUGAACCUGAACAUGAUUUUGAUUAACCAUUUUUUUUUUUCCAAUAUAACGUUUUUCGGGUUUAUUUAUAUUAAAUAUAUUUUUUUUUUUAUUUUUUAUAUUUAAGUAUCCCCUUUUUUAAUUUAAAUAUUUAUUAAUACAAUUGUAAAAAGCUACAUUAUUAUUUAUUUAUAAUAUUUUAUUACUAUUAUUUUUAACAUUAACUUUUAUUUAUUUUGUAUACAUUAACUGUUAAACUUGUAUUACUUAUUGUCUAUUGAUUUUUAAACUUUUCACUUCAAUGAAUUUUCUUCAAUAAAAUUGUAUCAUUCUUAAUUUUUUCGUGAAAUUAAUUACGAGGUAAACCAAAAUUAAUUUUAAAGACUAUCGGGCAUCUAUUUCAGAGUGCUGUAUUUUCAUUCGUCCAACCAAGCGUUAUUCGAGUAUACUCUCAGCCUCUAUUAACCAGGAGAAACUGAAUGAACAGCUGGUGUAUACUGGGACGAAUAGCAAGCCUAACUGUUUUGGUGAAGCUAGUGAUAUAUUAUUAUUUUAAGAUGUAAUUGUACAUUGUUAUUUAAGUUUUUUUUUUUUGGUAUAAUCAAAGAAAGUUAUUAAAAACUCAAAAAUUGACCCUUCAGACUAUCAGUGGUAGAAACAAUUGAAUAUUUAUCUUAACUUUCUGUGAAAGCUUUUUAUUAAGCUUUUUUAGUUUUAAUUGCCCUUCAAAAUUUACAUCAAGACAAAAAAGAAAUAUAGUCAAACAUCUAUAAUAAAUAAUAAUUAAUAACUAAUACCUUGAAAAAAUAUUAUCAUAUUAUUUACAGUUGUUCUUAAAUUUUUGAUUUUUGUUUUCAUAAUUUUACAGACGGAGAAUUGAUUAUUCAACUCCAUAAUAUACUUUGCAGUUUUUAUUACCUAAAUAAAUAUUAUUUUACGUUUUGCACGUACUCUGGUUAAAAAACAAAGAUCGAACAGAUUUGAGACGUGAUCUAACAUGUUUAUCCACCCUCUUCCGGCCUUUGCCAAUAUUCUUUUGUUUAGCUUUGCAGUAAAACUAGCUUAAUUUUGAUUUUAAAGUAAAAGUACCUAUUAUAACCUCGCCGGGUUUUAUAUUAUUCUAAAUAUACAGCUCAAUAUAAAGGUAUAACAUUUUUUUAUUUUUACUUUUUAAAUAACUAACUUUUUUAAUUGUUCAUAAUUUAAAUAACACCUUUGACAUUCCCUCCAGAAUAUUUUUCUCUAUUGUUUCAUUAUAGGUACUUUUACCCCAAAAUCAAAAUUAAGGUAGUUUUACUUAGUCUGUGUAAGCAUUGUUUUCGCAUGUUGCCCUUUACUUGUACUGAGACAGUAGAUCCGUGUGUGAUGGCCUCUUAAUAUUUUGGUGCGAGUAUAAAACGUGAAUCAAGGACAAAUAUAUGAUAAUAAUGUAAAUCCAUUAUUAUUAUCCGUUGAAAUAAUAUACGAUGUAUCACAUUGAGAUUAAAUUCGAUUUUUAUAAAUUAUUAUAUAAAAUGCAUAGUUGGAACUGUGUAGCUUUUUAAGUAACUAUACGAAUUUGUAUUUGAUUUAAAAAGAAAUAAACAUUUGAAAAAUUAACUUUCUUUAUCGUUAUUUAAUAUUUGUAUUAUUUCAUAUAAACCAUCUUCUGAUGGACCUUUAUUUUUAUAUACCUAUUUGCUGAAACAAUUUUUUUCGACAUCACAACAUGGUGUAAUUUUGUGUCGUGUGUUUAUUCGCCUAAACAAUUUUCAUCGACAAACACACUAUCGGGUGUCUUUGAAAAUACCUUUUUAGCGCAACUUAUAAUUUGUUCGUUACUUAGAUAUUCGAGCAUUAUUGUUUCACACACUGUGCAGUCCAUGGCUGCACAAGACGCAUGCAUCGUGUUUAGUAAUACUGGUACAUAAAACAUGCGCUUCUGGGUUUGGAAUAAUAAUAAUUUUGGUAGAUAUUAUUUGUAAAUAAAUUAAUAUUUAAAACCCUCCGUUAAAGAUAGUAUAGUUGCUUGAAGACGUAUGUAUGACAAGCUGCAUCCUCUGGGCAGCCAUGCAAGUGCUUACAGUCUGCUGAUUAAAACAUUAAUUUGCAUGGUUUUUUGAUCACGAUCAUACCCAUUGUCUUUUAAAAUGGCGCGGCGAUAAAUCCCGUCCAUGGCACGAAAGGCUAAUUUAAAUAGUGUUCGUUUACAUUGUAUACUAUAGAGUAGCACUCGUGGGCGCCCGCAGGAAAUUUAUCAGGGAGGGGCAUAAUAAUAUCAAACACUAAAAAAUACUCAACUAUAUUAAUUAAUUAUUAACAUUGUAUAUGAAAUUUUGAAAAAAAAUUUGGGGGGGGUAGAUAUCCUGUCUUGCCCCCCCCCCCUUACGGGAUCCCACGACAGUACUUCGCAGUCAGAUUAGGUUUAAGUAAGACACUAUAAAGAUGAGUAUUCUCAUCCGCCAUUUUGGGUCAUGAUCAUGUGUUUGAUAAUACAUUCAGCAUUAAAGUUGUGUUGCAAAUUAAAAUUGAUAUAACUGUGAAUACAGUUGGGUUUCUACAUUUUUUAUAUACCUACCUAAAUUUAACAAAGGUAAAAAUUUACCUCACACAAGCGUGAUGAUUCUGUUGGUGUCCAUUUAUCUCCACGUCCCAUAUUUCAUUUUCACUUAGCACGUCAUUGUCCUGUAGGAAAUCUAAAUAAUUUCUAGCUUUUAUUUCUGACUUAUUACUGCAGUUUACCACACUACAGCAAGACAUGUUAAAAAAACAAGCAAUUUUGGCAAACUGAACAAUUUUCAUUACCUACUGUCAGAUUACAGGUUAUCCGAUAUGUAGGUAAUCUUCGAAAUUAAAAAUAAUUAAAUGUAUGUUGUAUUAUACAUUUGUAAUUCAAUGUAUAUUGCAAUAAUUAUCGAUGAAAAUUUGCAAUAUUAUUAUAGUAAUAUCAAAAAUAUGAAUAUUAAUCAUCUAUUUAAGUUUCGUUAUACACGCAAUGUGUGAAACAGAAUUGUUAAUAUAAACUACAGUAACUAACAUCUCCAUUUAUAUUAUUAUUUUAUAAAUACAAUGGUACUUACCUAUAAUGGUACAACCAAUGCAGAUCAAUAAAUGCAGAAAUUUACACAUAAUUUUAAAUAUAAGACAAUCAAAAGAUUAGAAAAAAAAACGGCAAAAAUAGUUUUAAAUUUAAAUUCUAUAGAGAUCAAGUAUAACGAUUCAACAAUUGUAACAACAAUCUAUUAUCAAUGGUGUCAUUUAUCUUUAAUCGUGGGUAAAACUAUUAGAAUUGAUUAAAUAUAACUUAAUGUAAAAAGUCAAAACUCUCUGCUGAUGAUCGUUGAACACCCAAAAUAUAAUAUUACUUACAUUAUAUUUUUUAUAGAAUUAGUACGAAAUUGUUUAUGAAGUACCUAAUUAAAUUUAACCUCGUUAUUACAUUAAAUAUUUUGUAACAAUGUCGGAAGUUUCGGGAAAAUGUAUAAUGUAUACCAAUACAGUGAUUUUCGGGAUUAAAAAUUGAUGAUAUUGUAUUAAAUAUGUUUAUUAAGUACCUACUCUAUGAUAAUAGCUACUAAUUUUUAAAUAUUGUGUUAUUUCAUUUUGUAAAAAAUACUAUUAUUUUUUUUAAAUAUAAAAACUAAUUGUUACAGGCUCAGAAUCUAAACAAUUGACGUUAAUGUAUCUAGCCAAUGAUGUUCUUCAAAAUGGUAAAAAGAAGGGUCCUGAAUAUGGUCAAGAGUUUGGCAAAGAACUGGCUAAAGCAUUUAAACAAAUAUCAAUAAACAAUUACACUGCCAAGAUAAGACAGAGUUUGAUACGGGUAUUGGAUAUAUGGGAAGACAGAGGUGUUUACAGUAAAGCUCAAAUAGAUGAGUUCAAAGAUAAUUUUUGUACGAUAUUUUGAUAACAUUACAAUAUUCAAUUCUGUAAAUAACCAAAAUAUAUUUCUACAUUAUUAUUAAUUUUUUUUUGUUUUUAGGUAAAGAAACAGAAAAAAAGCCUACAGAAGAACCACCUCAGAAGAAAACAAAACAUUCACAUAAUCAUAAAUCAAAAAAGUCUAAAUCCCAAAACAAUGGUGUAAAAAAAGAUAGUAAAGAAGUUGUGGUCGAAGUAGACGGCACUAAAGAAUUGCAUGUUACAUUAUCUCCAAAAACUCCUGUCAAUGAUCCUCCCGAACCAGAAGAACUAAUAAAAGCUCUAAAUGUACAUGAACAAGUUAUUAAUUAACAUUUUGUCUUUCGUCUCUCUCUCCUCUCCUUACAUUUAUUUGAGAUCAGCCACUUUAGUCCUAAUAGUGCUUGACUGGGUCUUUCUCAUUAUCUAUACAGACCUCAACAGUCCUCAUGUCACACCCAAUUGUAUCUAACCAUCUCGUUUUCGGUCUUCUUCCAUUUCAUUUAUCCACACUCAUCUGUCUAUAAUUGAAAUAUUUCAAUAAUGUUAUAGUAUUUAAGUGAAAUUUUAACUUUGUAAACUAAAUUUCAUAUUUACAAUAGUUUGAAAAAUCAAUCACUUAUUCUUUUAACCUUAAUUUAUCUAAAUUUUUUAAUCAUAACUUGGAAAAAAUGUUGAGUACUAACAUAUAUAUAUGCUUAAAUACAACAAUACACAACAGUAGUGUUUUCUAUACUUGAAAGAAGCCUAGAGGCUAUUUAGCUAUAUAUUUGCACCAGGUAAAUUUUUUACAUGACAUUGACCAUUUAUAGAAAGAGUAAUACUCAUGUAACUAAACAAAUAUAUCUACCAAGUCUUUCAAAAUGAUACAUACUCUUUUAAUUACAGUUUAUUAGACAAAUUUGUGCUUUUUUCAAGUAUUAAAAGUAUAUAUUAGUAUACAUUACAAGAAUAUUAAUUAGUUAUUUAUUAAGUGUUUCUUGAAAUUAAUUAAUUUUUUGAAUUGAAUUUAAAUCCUAAUAAUUGAAAUACUAUUACUUUUUACAAGUGUAUUAUUAAAACAGUAGCCACAAUUAUUCAAUUUUGAUAACAUUGAUUAUUUAUCAUGAUUAAUUAUUUAUUUAUAUAUACAUAUUUUUUUUGUGUGUAUAUAAAUAUAAUGUAAACAUUUACUAACCAAAAAAAAUUCACUAUCACAGAACUAAUAUUUAUUAUAAAUUCAAAAUAAGUAAUGCAUUUUAUUUUAUAUAUGUUACGAUUAAUUUAAUUAUAAUUAUAUUUUAACUGAUUUUGUGCUGUUAAUUUUAAUAUUGGAGUGUAUUACUCUGUUAUAAAUCUUAAAAGUACCAACAUUGUUUUUUGCAUGUGAAUUUGUUUUCAUUAUAUUAUUUUUAUUAAUAUUAUGUAAAUUUUAAGCCAGAUUAGAUGAUUUUUAAAUUGUAAUAUUACACAUAUACAUAAUUUGCUUGAAAAUUAAAAUGUUGAAGAAUAAAUAACCAACAUUUAAACAUACAAUGUUCUUACAUUAGUUUUAAUAAUACACUCUAAUAUUAAAACUAACUGCACAAAAUUGAUUUGUAUAAACAAAAAAUGAUCAUAAUGACAACCGAUUUUACAACAUUAACUUUACAGUAACAUUUAUGAUAAAUAAAUAUUUUGAAGUUUUGGGAUUAAUGUAUACAUUUUAUAUAGAUAGUAAAUUCUUAAUACUAUAUAGUAUUUAUACAUGUAUAAUUUUCCAAUUUAUUAUUUUGAAAUAUUUUUAAACAAACAAUUUUAAUUUUAAUAAACUUAACCUUAAUUAGACUAAAAUAACAAGAUUAAUUUUGAAUACUAUUUAAUAUAAUAUUUUAAUUUUUAGGAUUUAGAAAAUGCACCUUCAUGUGACGCAAUCGUUCGCGAACGAAUUUCAAAACUACCUCCAGAAAUUGCUGAUGUCAGUUUACUCUCUCAAUUAAAAGGUUACUAUUAUUUUGUACUUGUUAAAUUUUCAAAGUGUUCAUUAUUGUAAAAAAAAAAAAUUGUAUUUAUUGCCUGUAUUAUAUUAUUGAAAUGUACUUUAUUUGUUAACAUUUUAAUGUGAAAUGAGAAAACUUCUUUAUUUUUAUAUGCAGUAUAUUGCAUUGUGUUUACUACAAUAUUAUUUAAAUCAAUCCAAAUGAUAUAUAUAUUUGUUUAUUAUUGUCACCUGAUGUUUUUUGAUUAAAUUUAAUACAAAUUAUUUUUUUAUAUUAUCAUUAUUACUACAUAGUUGUAGUUGUGACUGUCCAAUAAUGAUUUACUAAUAAAUGCGGUGAUAAUUUAAUUGUGAAAUUUAUAUUAAUCCACCUUGUCUUUCAUAAAUUCUCAUGUGUUAUGUAUAAUAUUCAAACCAGGUUGGUAACUAAUUGCAAUUUACUGUAUAAAGUGUACAAUAUAUCAAUCAUUAUUGUUAAGUUGGAUUAUAUAGAUGAAUCAUAAUUGAUCCAAUUACAUAUUAUAUUUUGUAUGUGAAUUUAGUUGUAUACCAUGUGUUAAUAGUAUACAGUAUUUUAAAUACUUUAUUAUUUGUUUUUAGGAAAAGAGGAAGCUCAAGAACUUCUUCGGAAAGUAAAUGAUGCGGUAGCGUUGUUGACUGAUUACAAUACUAGACUGGUGUGUGAGAUGGAAGAUCGUAAGAAGAUCUCAUCUAUGUUGCAUGAUUUUAUUCAAUCUCAAAGAGAUCUUAUUGAUCAAGCUGAACAAAGAUUACAGGCGAGUGUUAUUAGUAGAAUUCGGAACAGCAACCUAAUUAUUAGAAUGUUUGCAUAUUGAACAAUAUCUAGAGUCUAAAUGUAAUUUAACAGUAGUUGAUAAGAUAUAAAGUAAUUAGCUAAUUAUAGUAAUUGAAUAGGUGACAUAACCUUAAUAAUAAGCCAAAAAUAAACCAUAAUCGUUAGUUUUAUAAUAAAUAAUUAUAAAAUACAAGGUCAUUUAUUUGUGUACCUAGUUAUUACAGCAAUACUUUUAAAUAUAUAUUGCAUGAUAAUCAAUUUCUAUUUUUAUUCUUACAAAAAACAGAUUAACACAAAUACAUAAUGAAUCUAUGGUUUUUAAUUUUUUUUUAUUGUAUCUCUUUUGAAUACAUAAAAUAAAUGUUAAUAAUUUUUAGGACAUUCGCGUACUUACUUAUUUGUUUUUUGAGUGAGUAGGUGUCAUAAUAUUUUUAUCAUAAUAAAUAAUUAGAUGCAUUCUUCUGUUUUUCAGGAAUAUCAAGGUAAAUUGCAAAAAGUAUGCCAAGUACGGCAAGAGGUUAACACUCACCUGCAGAAUCUACCGGAUUUAGCACAAUUGCCGAGUGUUCAAAGCGGACUGGCACCUCUUCCGUCAGCAGGCGAUUUGUUCACUGUUAAUUAGAAAUCCAGAAGCAUUACUAUUGAUUACAGUUAGAUUUAGCCCAUGUGUUGCACACACACCUUAUUGUUCUUAAGAAAAUUAUUAAAUAAUAAUAAAAACUUUUCUAAAUUAAAAUAUUAUAAUAUUUUCUAAGUUUUGCCAUGCAGUGGCGCCUAUCAUAUUAUACUAUUAUAUUUAUAAUACUUUGACUAUAACUUUACUUAUUUUCUAAAUUAAACGACUUAUUUAAUUAUCAAACAAAUAUAUACCUUGUGUUGUUUUCAAUAUAGUUGGGC